AUGUCGUCUCUCCCCGGGAAGCCCGGCCUUCGCCACAGCCUGUCCGAGUGGAGCAGCAACAACCAGCAGCUGUCCGCCGCCGCCGCUCACGAACGCCUCGUCUCCACCGCCAUCCGGCAGGAAGGCAGGUCGCUGAGGAGCCACACACACUCCCAGACCGUCUGGGACGAGGGCGACACGUCCCGCCGGCUGGCGGACCGCGUCGGGGACGUCUCCCGAUGGAAGCAGGCCCUGGAAAUCUGCGCUCAGAAAGUGGAUGAAGAGAUGGAGGCUCUGACUCUGUGUAAAGAGCAGAGCGAGCAGGCCCUGGCUGCCACCGCCCUCCCUCUGGAGGUCAGCGCAGAGUGCCUGGCGCUGAGGGAGGGGAGGCGGGGCCUGGAGCUGGUGGUGGACGGCGUGGAGCAGCAGCUGAGGACGGAGGCGGAGCUGAUUGGGCGACAGCAGCAGGUCCUGCAGCAGCACGUCAGCAAGGCCUUCGACACGCUGUGCGUCCUGCAGGACAUCCGGCACCAGCUGACCUCUGACCUCCAGAACAAGAUGGAGGCUCUGGAUGUGGAUCGGACCUGCCUGACGCUGACGGUCCAGUCGGCCAGCAUCUCCCUGAAGAGCAACCCCACCCGCAUCCCGGCAGGGUCGUCGACCCCCCAGGAGUGGCUCCAGUUCAGUCAGGUCAACGUGAGUCGAGGUCACGACGCCGUGCAGACGUCCCAACAGCUGAGGGAGGACAUGAGUCUGACCAGAGCCCAGCUGCAGAACGAGCUGGAGACUCAGCACCGAGCCACGGAGUUUGACCUCCGGAAGCGGACCCACCAGGAGGAGCAGGCCCGGGACCAGCUGCAGUGGCAGAUCCGAGCGACUGAAGACGAGAUGCUGGAAAUGGAGAAAGACAUCCAGGGUCUGGACUCGGACCUGCUGGCCAAGACCGCCUCCCUGAAGCUGGCUCACACCCGGCUGGAGAACCGGACCGGCAGGUCCGGCGUGGACCUGUGCAGGGACCAGGUGCAGCACGGCCUCAUGGGAGAAGUCCAGCAGCUGGAGGCGUCCAUCGCGGCUCUGAAGCAGAAGCUGUCCCAGGCCCAGCUCUCCCUGCAGAAGAUGAAGCUGCAUCACUCCCUCAUGCUGCAGGAUCUUUCCAGAAAGCAGGAAGCUCUGAGUCUGGAGCAGCGCAGCAUGAACACCCGCCUCCGCCUGACAUCCGCCCCCUCCGGCGGCGCCGCCACAGAGAAAACGUCCGUGCUGAUGGUCCCGCUCACCAACUCCAGUGGGCGGAGCCACCUGCAGCUGCUGGCUCAGUAGCUCCAGA